GCGAAGGGAGACCGGGGAUUCCCCGUGUUGUUGUCCUGCGGCCCGGCGGGAUGGGAGGCCGGAGCGCGGCCCGGCGCGGCUGGCGCUGAUGGCGGCUCCCUGGGCGGCCCGCGGCUCCGGGCCGGGCCUGGACGAAUUUACCGUCCCGGCCGAGAAACGCCGCUUCCUGGAGGGCAGCCGGGGCCGCAUCCAGGGCCUGUUCGAGGUGCGGCUGGCCGUCCUGGAGGCGCAGGGGGACUGGCGGCCCGCCCUCCCGCCGCCGGGACAGCCGCCACCCGCCGCUAGGAUCUGGGUGCAGCUGGCGGGCGGCGGGAAGGCCGUGCGGAGCGCCAAGGAGUAUAUUAAGGGUCUCUGUGAACCUGAACUAGAAGAAAAAGAAUACUACCCAAAGGACAUGCACUGUAUUUUUGUUGGUGCACAGAACAUGUUUCUCAACAGUCUUAUUCAGGAUACCUGUGCUGACAUAACAGUGCUGGAAAUAGGAUUGCUUAGUAUUAAAGGGGGUGCAGAAGCAGUUGUUAUGGCUCAAAGUCAAGUUCAGCAGUUUGUGAAGCUUUUUGAGAAUAAUGAAAGCUUGUCAAGCGAAUAUGAAUCAGAUAUUAAAAAGCAAUUUAGGCAAUUUGUGGAGGCACAUGCAGAUAAAUAUACAAUGGAUUUACUGAUUUUGCCUAGCUCGCUAAAAAGAGAACUCCUAACUCUUACGCAAACUGAAUGUUGUGAGUCAGGGGGUGCUAUUAUAGAUCUUACACGGUCUGGAAGCCCAGCAGAGCUCUUACAGGACAAAACCUCCGAAGUAAUUGUUACAAGCAGAGAUGGAAAAACAGGAGAUGAGGAAGAGAGAAACAAUGCUGGGACUCCUGUAACUGAGCUUACAAAGCAAAUGGACAAUGUGUUUUCUGAUGCUCCCGAAACAAGUUUUGUUCCCAUAAAUGUUGUGCCUCCAUUAGAGGCAAUGGCAUCUAAAGAAAGGCAAUCUUGUAAAAGAAGAUUUUCUGAUGCUGAGGAAAGUCUCCCUAAAAAGCAGUUCUCUCUGGAAAAUGACCAGGAAGUGAAUUCUGUCUUACACAGUGAUCCUUCCAAGAGGGAUGAUGUUAUCGAUCUGAUUUCAGGUAGCUGUGGUGAAUUAGAUGAUCCCAGUUACUGUAUAAAAGAAGGUGAUGAUAUCAGUGAGGAAAUAGAAUAUAAGAUUCUUGUAAACUUUUUUAGAACAAUGGGAUAUUCACAAAGUAUUGUGGAAAAAGUUAUUGGUGUUCUAGGACAGUCUGUGGAACCCUUAACAUUGCUAGAAGAAAUUGAAAAAGAAAACUUGAAACUUCAAAAAGAAAAAGAAUGGUCAUCUAAAACGCCUAGAACUACAAAUCUUUGUUCAGGAAGUAAUGCAAAUAGUUCACAUAUCCUAGAAGAUGAGGACAGUUCUUGCAAGAAAAAUCCACUUAAAACCAGUCAUACUUCAAAUGAGACGAGAACAGAACGUCACAAAAUCAGAGAUAUCUCAAGUAAUCAAAUUGAUGCGGAAGAUAAAAUGCAUGUAUCUGUACGCAAACCUGUCUCUCCUGGUAAAAGUUCAGCUAUAUGCUAUAAACAAAGAGAUAACUAUUGUCCUGCUAAGAAUCAUAACUCAACAUCAAGUGAUACAGAAACUGAUGGUUCUGUACCUCUCAGUCCUACGCAGGCUGGAGCUCCCAAAGAUGUUGAUUUUGUAGCCAGAGGGAGCUCAGAUGUGUGGCGUACCUCAGCUAAGAGUAAAAAUGCAGUUCAGCAAAAAUCUGCAGGGUCCUCACCUGUGCAGAAUAGUCAUCCUGUUGUAGAGGACCAGUUGGGACACUGCAGCUCUUAUCAAGUGAGAUCUCCCAACCAACACACUUCUCAAAUGUCAAAUUUUGAAAAUCCUACCCAAGCCCAUAUAUUGUCUUCAGAGAUAAAUUCUACAAAUCCUGACAGAGAGACGGACAGAGCAUACAGGCGUCAUAUUGAUCCUUCAAUUACUGGUGUCCAAAGAUUUCUGGAAUCUCUCAAAAAGCCAUACAGACUGGAGUUGAAAAAUGAACCUGGGAAACCAUAUUUAAAACAUAUCAUUAUUGAUGGAAGCAACGUUGCAAUUUCUCAUGGUUUAAGGAAGUUCUUCUCCUGUCGAGGAAUUGCAAUAGCUGUUGACUACUUUUGGAAACGUGGCCACAGAAAUAUUACUGUGUUUGUUCCACAGUGGAGAACAAGACGUGAUCCUUCCAUUACAGAGCAGGAUUUUUUAACACAGCUGGAAGAUGUUGGAAUAUUGUCUUUAACCCCUUCAAGGAUGGUAUUGGGAGCAAGGAUUGCUUCUCAUGAUGACAGAUUUUUAUUACAUCUUGCUGAUAAAACUGGAGGUGUUAUUGUGACUAACGAUAACUUCAGAGAAUUUGUGACAGAAUCAUUUGCCUGGAGAGAAAUUAUUCAGAAAAGGUUGCUCCAGUACACUUUUGCUGGGGACAUUUUUAUGGUUCCCGAUGAUCCCUUGGGAAGAAAUGGACCUAGAUUAGAUGACUUUCUUCAAAGUGAAAGCUGUUCUAGACUGUUCAGAAAGUGCUGGUGACAUUUGCAUCAACAUCUCUCACAACUGAAAUAAGAUAAAUGCUUCAAGUAACUUCCUCUGGGGUUUCACUGUGGUGGUUUUCAUACAAAGGUGGUGCAAACUGUAUGUCAUUAUUGCACAACCCUACUGGUAGUUGAGAUAUAUGGUAGUCUGGUGUCCUUCCAAUUACAGUGGUGGUAUCUAAAAUACACUUGAUCAUUAUUAACACUUGAGCAAUAGUUACCACAAAAGAAACACUGAAUUUGUAUCUUUCGUCAUGGGAGAGGCAUUUCAUUUCACACGUGGUUAUGGUACUGUUAAUAAAACCAUUUUGGAGGGGUGUUGCUAUUUAAAGGCAUUUGUACUUGACUUACAGUGUUAAAUAUUAAUAAGCUUAUAUUGUUAUGAUUGUACUCUUUAAAUACGUGUGUAUUUCAGAAGGAUGAAUUUGCUCUGCAUUAUGUGCCAAUAUUUGAAAAUGGAUUUGUUCUUUUAAACAAGAAUUAGGCUUCCUUUUCCCUUUUUUCACCAGCCUAACAAUUAUAAAUGGAUUAAUGUGUAACUUAAAAUAGAGCUCUGUAAUUUUAAUACAGUUUCCCUUGGUAGCAGGAGAACAAACUGUAAUGUGAGUUCUAGUUCAUAUUUGUGUUAUGUGCUGUCAUGUGAAGUGAAAUUGGCUCUGAAUUGAUAGCAAUUUUGAGUAGCAUCGACUUCUUAAAUAGUCUGAAAUGAAAUAUCAGUAAUUAAGAUAGAAUACUCAGAUCCUAAAAUUGCUGAAAAACUUAAUUGCCCUAUUAAAGAUAGAAGGCGAUGGUUUUUUCAUUUUACAAUUUUUUUCAUUUUGAAUCAGUAUGUAUGUGUUCAGUGCAUCUUUUUAAUCCACUUAGAUCAGUGACAUUUGUGUGUCAGUAAAUGAGCUUUGACUGUUGCUAUACUCUGCCAGGUAGGUGUCAUAGUGCUCACGGUGUAUUGGAACAAGUCCUAGGUAAUGUUGUUUAAUACUGUUAGUCAUGCCAGAUUCAAGCUGAAAAAUGUUAUACCAACAGUUUCGUUUCAGUUUGGCAUCAGGUGAUUCAUAUUUUUUCAGUCAGUAACUGAGCAAUCAGUGAAGUACAGGAGUUUCAGGCUUUUUUUCUUGUCUGUGACUGUACAGAGGCAGUGUUCGCUCUAUCUCACUUUAAUCCAUUUUCAUUUU